CUCGGGUUGUAGUUUGCAUUCAGCAUCUGUCCCAAGGUCGUUGUCUCAAAAGGGAGCUUCAUGUCUUUGAUUGGCUGAUGUGAGCUCGUUUGCGUGCUGGCCUGAAUAGCCCACCCCACUCAAAGUUCCCCUCAAAAGUGAAGUUCGAAGAUGCAGAAAAAACUUUGUGAACUUUUUCUCGAGACCAUCACGCACUGAGUCUCGUCCGCAACUGCACAGCUAAAGCUGUAAGUCUGAGGCAGUCACUGAUCAUUUACACUUGAAGCUGGGCAGACUACCAAGCUUCCCAGCCCGCAGAUCCUUACCAGCAAGCUCACCAAGCAUAACCUCAAGAAUGCUUUCGAAGCUCCACGCUUUCUAAACAAGAUCCGGACGCCCGAUCGAAACUCUGGCUCCAACGGUCUAUAAGGCGCUAAGCAAAGACCAAGACAACAUGGCGUUGAAUUAUGUGUCAAUCAAUGCAUUCAACAAGACAUACUCUGUCCAAUGAACAGUAAAUAAAGGUCAUGACAACAUUUUAGUUGGGUAUUGCUCAAAUAUACAAGCUUGCAGACGAUUUCGUCGCCUCAGCCAAGGGUCCUGUGGAUGCAUCAACUCAGGUAAGCUCAGGUCUUCAAUUAAGCGCUCAAGUUCAAGCUAACUUACGAAGCUUCUUGUGACGGUAGAUGACCUGGUUAAAGUUGAAGGGCUUGACCUGAACUGAGACUGUCCUGCCGCGAUUGACAUGUUGGUCGAAUAUGGCAGUGGUGGACAGUACGGAGUAGGCCAUCAGGCUCUGCAACAACCAUUGGAACUUGACACGGCCAGCCUAGCAAAACUCCUGUUCUUGACCGAGCUGCAGAGAUCUCUUUUCCCACCCAGCAAGUACCGCCCAGUCCUGGAGAUUGAACUUGCUCAUGGUGUGGCUUCUCCAACUUCCAGCGCAAGUACGCAAUUCCACGGACUUGCCUACUUAGCCUUGGAAAACAGCGGCAACGACCAGCGGCUCCACGCCCCUCCAACCACGGCUUCUGGGUGCUGCCUGUCCUUUGCUCUAGCAAAGAUCUUCUACGAUCUCCCAGUGAUUGUCCUGAGCCUUCUUUAG